AUGAUCAGCGAAAUCUACAAAAUUGAAUGGGAAUAUUCAGACGUCGGAAAUAUCAACAGAGUGAGGCCGUUUUUGAGAGAAAUUUUCGACAAAGAAGAUCUUCUGCCACAAGACAUUAUCAGCGACAGCUUGCUUCAGAGCACGCAGAACAAUGACGAACUUGAGGUCUUUUAUGAUCAAAUAAAAAAGAAGUUAAAUAUUGGAUGGAAUACACUUGUCGACAUUGCCGAUUUCGAAGACAUCCACGUGGAUUUGGCUCUUAUGCUCGCCAUGCAAAAAUACAUCGUUGAAAAUCAAGAAUUUCCCAGGGUGGAAGACGACUGCUUCAUUUCGUCCGUUCUCAAGCUGGGCAAUAACUGCAACGGAGUGAAAGAGAACCCAGGGUUCAAACAGAGCCUCGUUGGAAAAACGAAAAUUCAAUUUCCAUUCGACGAUCUGAAAAUUAUGCAAAACGAUUUCGAACUGGACUUUCACUUUGAACACGUUUCUUACCCAGACGAAUUUCUGAUUGAAUAUUCUGUAGCGCAAAAUUGCUUCGAAAAUGGCUGGGGGAACAGGGAGAACUUUGUUCCUGUUAAUUCGUCAUCGAAUGCUCCUAUUACCCUGCAUUGGUGUGGGGAAAAAGUGGAGAGCACGAACCUUUGCGUCACUGUUUACAGUACAUCUGAAAGCAGCCCGACAUUGGAGUGGACAGAGUCGCCUUUAAAGAAAAAGAAGGGAUUGAAAACGAGCACGGAUGAUUCUGAAUCGUACGACUAUUAUGAUAGUGCAUCACUUAGUGAUGAUGAAGCUAUCUCCGUGGAUUCGAUUGCCUGCCCAGCAGUUGUCGAACCUGGAAGUUGUGUAAUAAACGACUCUGAAGCUGAUUGCAAAGGAACUAUCGACGGAUGUAAGGAUCCAGCGGUCGACUGCCCUUUGAUAAGAGUUGGACCGGUUGUCAUGAUUGCAUCAGCCACUAGCGGUUUUCUUUUGGUCGUUGGCAUUGUGAUAGUGAUUGUCGUACUUCUCGUGAAAAAGAGAAAAUCGUCAGCGAGACAUCCAGCAGAAAACCUCCCCACCAGUCUACCCACCUAUGCUCGAGCGAAGCAAAAGACUCGCGGCGGUGCAACUGGCUAUUCCUACAAUUGA